GACCAUGGCGCCGUGGCUCCCGAUGCUCCUGGCGCUCCUGGCUGUGCGCGGAGCCGCCGGAGCUCCCCCCAGCUUCGUCGUGCUGCUGGCGGAUGACCUGGGCUUCGGGGACCUGGGGUGCUACGGGCACCCUUCUUCUGACACACCCAACCUAGACCGGAUGGCUGCCCAAGGGCUGCGCUUCACCAACUUCUACAGCAGCUCCCCGGUGUGCAGCCCGUCUCGGGCAGCCCUGCUGACCGGCCGCUUCCAGAUGCGCUCUGGAGUCUACCCUGGUGUGUUCUACCCUGACUCACGGGGGGGGCUGCCCCUCUCUGAGGUCACCAUCGCUGAGGUGCUGAAGGCUCGGGGCUAUGCCACAGCCAUAGUCGGCAAGUGGCACCUUGGCCUGGGCGUUAAUGGCUCCUUCCUGCCCAUCCACCAAGGUUUUGACCACUUCUUGGGGGUGCCUUACUCCCAUGACCAGGGCCCCUGCCAGAAUCUCACCUGCUUCCCACCUGACACCAAGUGCUUUGGGACUUGUGACCAAGGCUCAGUGCCAGUCCCACUGCUCUGGAACCAGACAAUUGUGCAGCAGCCAGUCUCCUUUCCUGAGCUGGUGCCCCUCUACAACAAGUUCUCCCAGGACUUCAUCGCCGACUGUGCCCGCCGAGGCCUCCCGUUCCUGCUCUACUAUGCCUCACACCACACACACUACCCCCAGUUUGCCAGCCAGCCGUUCGUGGGGCGCUCGCGCCGCGGGCCCUUCGGCGAUGCCCUCCUGGAGUUCGACGCCUCGGUGGGACACCUGCUGCAGGCACUGCAGGACAGCGGAGUGGCCAACAGCACCUUGGUCUUCUUCACUUCUGACAACGGCCCCUCCACCAUGCGGAUGGCACGCGGGGGCAGCGCCGGCCUGCUGCGCUGCGGCAAGGGCACCACCUACGACGGGGGCAUGCGGGAGCCAGCGGUGGCCUACUGGCCCGGCCGUGUUGCCCCAGGAGUGACGCACGAGCUGGGAAGCACCCUGGACAUCCUGCCCACGCUGGCUGCCCUGGCUGGAGCCACCCUUCCCAAGGUUGCCUUGGAUGGCUAUGACCUGAGCCCAGUGCUCUUUGGAUCUGGGCAGAGCCCCCGGCGGACGAUGUUCUUCUACCCGCCGUCCCCCAGCGCCCUGCAGGGCUCCUUUGCGGUGAGGCUGGGCCGGCACAAGGCUCACUACUUCACACAAGGUUCCUUUCACAGUGACACGACACCAGACCAGGCCUGCCACGGGCUGACCCCCCUGACCCCACACGUGCCCCCCCUGCUCUUUGACCUGGACUCAGACCCGGCUGAGAACUACGACCUGCUGCAGGGCGCCGCAGGGCCUGAGGUGCUGCAGGUGCUGCAGGAGAUCAAGCAGCAGAAAGUGCUCUUUGAGCAGCACUUGCAGUUUGGGGAAAGCCAGAUGAGGAAGGGCAGGGACCCUGCCCUGCAGCCCUGCUGUGUACCGAGCUGCACUCCCAAGCCUGCCUGCUGCCGCUGCUCCUAGCCCCUCCUGCUGCAUCUCCUGCAGCUGGCCCUCGCUGGAACUCUGUCCCAGAGCCACCAGAUCCACCCCUUCCCUAACUAACCCACCUCAGCCUCAGAGCUGCCCUGCAGCUUGGCCUCAGUGCUACCUGUGACUGAUGGGGUGCUGGGUGGCAAAGCUCAGGCUGGAGGGGGCAGCAGCCCUGCCAGGAGCGCAGGUCAGCGGAGCUCUGCGGGGGACCUCUUGCCAGAAACCUCCACUUGUUCAGGGGGGCAGCACCAUCUCUGGUGCCAGAGCUGCUCUGCAGAUGGCAUGCAUGUGGCUGGCUUCUGCCUCUCUGCCAGGCCUGCCCUGUGGCCCAGCUUGACGGCAAGGCUCCAGGACA